CUGGGCCGGAGCGCGGCCGGCGGCAGGGCCAGGACAGCCCGAGGGCACGGAUGGCGACGGCGGCACCCGCGGGAACCACGGCGGCGGCGGCCUACGCCAGCCUGAAGCUGCACAUAACACCGGAGAAGUUCUAUGUGGAAGCCUGUGAUGAUGGAGCAGAUGAUGUGCUUGCUAUUGACAGAGUCUCCACGGAAGUCACCCUUACAGUUAAGAAAGAUGUUCCCCCGUCAGCUGUUACACGGCCCAUAUUUGGUAUUUUGGGAACAAUCCGAUUGGUGGCAGGCACGUAUCUGAUUGUAAUAACAAAAAAGAAAAAAGUAGGUGAGAUUUUCGGUCAUGCGAUCUGGAAAGCAACGGACUUUGACAUCCUGUCCUACAAAAAGACCAUGCUGCACUUAACUGAUAUUCAGUUGCAGGACAAUAAAGUAUUUUUAUCAAUGCUUAACCAUGUCUUGAGCGUGGAUGGGUUUUACUUCUCAACAACCUACGACCUGACACACACACUGCAACGAUUAGCCAACACGAGCCCAGAGUUCCAGGAAAUGAGCCUUCUAGAGAGGGCAGAUCCACGGUUUGUAUGGAAUGGACACCUUCUUAGAGAAUUUAUUGCCCAACCAGAGAUCCAUAGGUUUGCUACGCCAGUGAUGCAUGGAUUUAUCACUAUGCACUCUUGUUCUAUUAAUGGCAAGUGUUUUGACUGGCUGCUUGUUUCCAGAAGAAGCUGUUUCAGGGCUGGGGUGCGCUACUAUGUUAGAGGUAUUGAUUCAGAAGGGCACGCUGCUAACUUUGUUGAAACAGAACAAAUUGUGCAUUACAAGGGGAGCAAGGCAUCGUUCGUUCAGACCCGUGGAUCAAUUCCUUUUUUCUGGUCUCAAAGACCAAACCUCAAGUAUAAACCAAAGCCACAGAUCAGCAAGUCAGUAAAUCAUAUGGAUGGCUUCCAAAGACAUUUUGACUCGCAAAUAAUUAGCUAUGGAAAGCAAGUGAUUGUCAACUUGGUUAACCAAAAAGGUUCAGAGAAGCCUCUUGAGCAAACAUUUGCGAAAAUGGUGAACAGCAUGGCAAAUGGAAUGGUCAGAUACGUAGCAUUUGACUUCCAUAAAGAGUGCAGUCGGAUGAGGUGGGAUCGGCUUCAGAUUUUGAUGGAUCAGCUAGCAGAACAGCAGGAUGAGUUUAGUUAUUUUCUAGUGGAUUCAGAUGGUAAAAUUGUGACUCAGCAGGAAGGAAUAUUCCGCAGUAACUGCAUGGAUUGCCUUGAUCGGACUAAUGUGAUCCAGAGCUUGUUGGCACGCCGAUCUCUUCAGGCCCAGCUUCAGAGGCUAGGUGUUCUGCAUGUUGGACAGAGAAUUGAAGAGCAAGCAGACUUUGAGAAAAUCUACAAAAAUGCAUGGGCUGAUAACGCUAAUGCUUGUGCCAAACAAUAUGCUGGAACUGGUGCCUUAAAGACCGAUUACACAAGAACUGGGAAGAGAACUCAGUGGGGCUUAAUAAUGGAUGGCUGGAACUCAUUAAUACGUUACUACAAAAACAAUUUUUCUGAUGGAUUCAGACAAGAUGCGAUUGAUCUUUUUCUUGGAAAUUAUUCAGUGGAUGAAGUGGAACCUGCUAGUCCUUUACAUGUCAAGAAAGAUUGGAAGUUUUUAGCUUUGCCUAUUAUUAUGGUGGUUGCUUUCUCCAUGUGCAUUAUUUGUUUGCUAAUGGCUGGUGAUACAUGGACUGAGACAUUGGCCUAUGUGCUUUUCUGGGGAAGUGCAAGCUUUGGAACUUUUGCUAUCAUCCUUUAUAAUGGCAAGGAUUUUGUAGAUGCACCCAAGCUGGUCCAGAAAGAGAAGAUGGACUGAAUUUGUGUGUGUGGAAAGCGGCUUGGUACUGAGGAUUCUUCAAGCCACACCUGGAGUCUCUACUGACCUGCUUUCCACACCAAUUAGUGUUCUCUUGGACAUUCUUCCUUGGCAUUGGUGGGGUGGGGGUGAGGAAACCAUGUCCUGUGGUGGUGGUAGCUUUCAACUGAGACCUGACUUGACGGUCUUAGUUGCAAUGGUCUUUGGAAUAUUGCAUUAGUGGACAGGGCUCCACUCUUACAGGGGUAAUGCAGAGACAAAAGUCAGCUUUUUGGUGUCUGGAGCGUCUUAAAGCUUAAGUCGACUGCGUAAGCUCAUGGUCCAGCUGGGCUGUUCCAGCUGCUUUUUCUGGUCUUGACAGGAGAGAGCUCUGAUGCUGUUCAUGUGUCAAAGUACCCAAAUGUUGAAGCAUUAAUAAUGGAGCAUCUAAUAGUGGUCUCUGAACAAAUAUGGCUUUGUACCAAUGAAAAGUCUAGGUCCAGACUUGAAGCUGGAUUACAUUUGUUGUAAUAGAGUCCAUGUUAAGGAGUCCUUCGUGCAUAUUUGUGUGUGGAUUCUUUUCACUAAAUACAAAAGGUUUUUUGAAUUCUAAUGCUAUUCUAAAGUGAGGUUUUUGUCCUGUCUUGUCUAUCUAGAACUGAUGCAAUAUUCUGCUAAUCAUUGUUGGGUGAAAGGGCAGUGUAAUUGGAUGUUCCUGAAGUUGCAAAUGUCUUGCACUGUUUCAAUACUACAGUCUCCAUAUGAAAAUUCAGUAGUUAGCGAGUUAAAAUAUAGAAUUUUCUUUCUAAAGAUGUAAACGGAAUCAAAGAAUGUAAAAGUCCUUUGCAGUGUUUAUUGAACCUUCCUUAUGCUAAAGUUCCAAAGUAUUCCGUUACUUUUAAGAAUGGGUUACAAUAUAAAAGGUGAACUUCAUAUUGUUUUGCUAGUCAGCUGCUUCUAUCCUUGGUUAUAUUGAAAUAAUUUAUCAAAGAAGGAAUAACAACCUGAGGAGAAACGUUCAGUCUAAACUCCGUGUUUGCACAUGGGAGCAGCAGCUUGCUUUUCAUGCAUGAUACUGUAACACACACUUUAAAAAAUAAAAAAAAAAAAAAAGGAGGAAAAAAAAAAGCUAC